AUGGGAGGAUCGCGUGUGACGCCGAAUCAGUGGGAAUACGAGGCUCAAUCGAUUCGAAGGGAGAUGGGAUCGCAAAGGAGAGGAGAGUGCUCCCAUGGAUUUGCUGGGGAUCGAGAAAAUUCGUCAUUUUGCUCUGGUUUUGAGAGGAACCCUAAGGUUGUGCUAUGCGAUUGUGGUGUUCCAAGUCCUGUUGUGACAACAUGGACAAGGGUUAAUCAGGGAAGGAAGUUUUAUGGAUGUGGUUUGUUUGAGGUGAAUCGCAAGAAAGUUUGCAAUUUCUUCCAAUGGUUUGAUUCUGAUGAGAGUGCAAGGGAGAAGAAGUUGGUAGUGGUGUUAACAAAGAGGAUUGAAGAGAAGCAAAAGAUGAUUGUUCUGUUAUCUGGGACAUUGGUCAUUGCCAUAGUUUGCAUCAUGGUCUUGGGUGUAGCCUAUGUAAGAAAGUAG